GGAUCAGUAGAAGAGGAUCUUAUUGCUCUCCAAGCAUCUCAUGCUGCAGCUAAGCAAUCCCAGGUGAAGACUGAGGAACAGAUUGCAGCAGAGCAGGCCUGGUAUGAAUCAGAUAAAGUAUGGCUUGUCCACAAGGAUGGCUUUUCCCUGGCCACCGUGGUAAGGACAGAAGCUGGCUCUCUGCCAGAGGGCAAGGUAAGAAUCAAAAUGGAGCAUGACGGGACUGUACUGGAUGUGGAUGAAGACGACAUUGAAAAGGCCAACCCUCCAUCAUAUGACAGAUCAGAAGACCUGGCUUCACUACUCUAUUUGAAUGAAUCCAGUGUAAUGCAUUGUCUGAGGCAACGCUAUGGAGGGAACCUCAUCCAUACCUAUGCUGGACCCAACAUGGUGGUCAUCAACCCUCUCAGCAUGCCCUCCAUGUACUCAGAGAAGGUGAUGAACAUGUUCAAAGGCUGCCGACGUGAGGAUUCAGCUCCUCAUAUUUACUCUGUGGCCCAAUCGGCCUACCGCAACCUGCUCACCACCCGGCAGGAUCAGUCCAUUGUGCUGCUGGGCAGGUCUGGUAGUGGCAAAACCACCAACUGUCAGCAUCUUGUCCAGUACCUGGUCUGCAUUGCUGGCAGCACAGGAAAAAUCUUCUCUGCUGAGAAGUGGCAGGCAGUCUACACCAUACUGGAGGCCUUUGGGAGCAGCUCUACCACCAUAAACACAAAUGCCAGCCACUUCUCUCAUGUUGUUUCCUUGGACUUUGACCAAGCUGGGCAGGUGGCCUCUGCCUCCAUCCAGACAAUGUUGUUGGAGAAACUGAGAGUGAGCAGACGACCUGAGGGGGAAUCCACCUUCAACGUUUUUUACUACAUGAUGGUUGGAGCCGACAGCAGUCUCAGGACGGAGCUGCACUUUAACCACCUGGCUGAGAACAGUGCUUUUGGUAUCCUGCCACAGUCUAAGCCUGAAGACAAGCAGCGAUCCUUGCAGCAGUUCACCAAGCUGCAGGCAGCCAUGAAGGUGCUGGGCAUCUCCAGUGAAGAGCAGAAAGCCCUCUGGCUUAUCCUCGGUGCCAUUUACCACUUGGGGGCAGCGGGGGCGACUAAAGAUGGAGAUGAAGUGGGACGUCGGCAGUUUGCUCGUCAUGAAUGGGCUCAGAAAGCGGCCUACCUGUUGGGCUGCACCUUGGAGGAGCUAUCUUCAUCUAUUUUUAAGCAUCAGGCCAAAGGACUGCAGCAUUCUACCUCAUUCAGAGGACCACCAGAUGAGGCCAGCCAAGGUGAUGGCUUAGGCCCUAAAGUCACAGCUCUGGAGUGUUUGGAGGCCAUGGCAUCAGGACUUUACUCGGAGCUUUUCACACUUGUCAUCUCCCUUAUUAACAGGGCACUGAAGUCUAGUCAGCACUCUCUGUGUUCUCUGCUGAUCGUUGACACUCCGGGUUUCCAGAACCCUCGGCUGGCUCAUCAGCAGAGGGGGGCCACUUUUGAAGAACUCUGCCACAACUACACCCAGGAGAGGCUACAGACUCUGUUUCAUGAACGGACCUUUGUCAAGGAAUUGGAGAGAUACAAGGAGGAAAACAUAGAACUUGCUUUAGAUGACAUAGAGUCCAACACUUCACUGUCUGUAGCAGUUAUUGAUCAAGCCUCAACCCAAGCAACCCUGGUUCGUACUCUGGCCAGGACAGAUGAAGCUCGAGGCCUGCUGUGGCUCAUGGAGGAGGAGGCUGUUCAGCCAGGAGGUUCAGAGGAAACCAUGCUGGAGAGACUCUUCAGCUACUAUGGCUCUGCACAGGGAGAAAACAAAGGAGCUAAUCUACUUCUGCGAGGAGAGAAGCCCCACCUCUUCCUGCUGGGCCACAGCCAUGGGACCAACUGGGUGGAGUAUAACACCCAAGGCUGGUUGAACCAUGCCAAGCACAACCCUGCUGCCCAGAAUGCUGCAACCCUGCUGCAGGACUCCCAGAAGAAGAACAUCAGCGCGCUGUUCAUGGGCCGGGCCAGUGGAGCCACCGUGUUGUCAGGCUCCAUCGCCGGUCUGGAGGGCAGCUCCCAGCUUGCCCUGCGGCGAGCCACUAGUAUGAGGAAAACCUUCACUACAGGUGUGGCUGCUGUCAAGAAGAAGAGUCUGUGUAUCCAAGUGAAACUCCAAGUGGAUGCUCUCAUUGACAUGGUGCGUCGUUCUAAAGUUCACUUCGUCCAUUGCCUACUGCCCAAAGUAGAGGCAGUAGGAGGAGGUGAUUACCGUAUGGCUCAUGGAGAGAGCCCUGACUCAGGUCUUAUGACUCUGGAUGUGAGCCUCCUGAGAGCUCAGCUCCGAGGAUCCAAACUGCUAGAUGCUCUGCGCAUCUACAGGCAAGGUUAUCCUGACCACAUGGUUUUCUCUGAGUUCCGUAGGCGCUUUGAUGUUCUGGCACCUCAUCUAACCAAGAAGUAUGGCCGCCACUACAUUGUCACAGAUGAGAAGAGGGCAGUGGAGGAGUUACUGGAGUCUUUGGAGCUGGAGAAGAGUAACUACCACAUGGGGCUAAGCAGGGUGUUCUUCAGAGCAGGGAUUCUGUCCAGACUGGAGGAGCAGCGAGAUUUCCAGACGAGGAGGAACAUUUCUCUGUUCCAGGCUGCUUGCAGGGGAUACCUAGCCAGACAGGCAUUCAAGAAGAGGAAGAUUCAGGAUCUGGCAAUCCGCUGCAUCCAGAAGAACAUAAAGAAGAAUCGUGGUGUCAAAGACUGGCCGUGGUGGAAGCUGUUCACCACUGUCAGACCUCUGAUAGAGGUGCAGCUCACUGAGGAACAGAUCCGUGGCAAGGAUGAAGAGAUCCAGCAACUCAAGCAGAAGCUAGAGAAGGUAGAGAAAGAGAGGAAUGAGCUGAGACUCAACAGUGACCGUCUCGAGAGCCGGAUCACAGAGCUGUCAGCAGAGCUGGCUGAUGAGCGCAACACUGGGGAAUCUGCCUCCCAGUUGCUGGAGACAGAAACUUCUGAGAGACUGCGUCUGGAGAAGGACAUGAAGGACCUGCAGGUCAAAUUUGACAGCAUGAAGAAAGAGAUGGAGUCUAUGGAGAUGGAGGUGAUGGAGGCUCGACUCAUCCGUGCUUCUGAACUCAGUGGAGAGGUGGAAGAUGAUGAGACAGGAGGAGAGUGGAGGCUGAAGUAUGAGCGAGCAAUCAGGGAGAUCGAAUUCACUAAGAAGAGACUGCAGCAGGAGCUUGAUGACAAACUGGAGGUGGAGCAGCAGAACAAGCGGCAGCUGGAGAGGAGGAUCAGUGACCUGGAGGCUGAUUAUGAGGAGUCUCAGCGAAAUAUCCAGCAGCUGAAGAAGAAAGCCCAGCGACUGACAGCUGAGCUGCAGGACACUAAACUUCACCUGGAGGGUCAGCAGAGCCGCAACCAUGAUUUGGAGAAGAAGCAGAGGAAGUUUGACAGUGAGCUGAGUGCAGCCCAGGAUGAGGUGCAGAGGGAGAGAAGCCUGAGGGAGAAACUGGCUCGAGAGAAAGACGUGCUGACCGGAGAGGUCUUUGGCCUCCGGCAGCAGCUGGAGGACAAGGACCUGGAAGCUUGCGCAGUCAACCUGAAGCUGGAGCAGCUGGAGGCCGAGGUGCAGGAUCUCAACUCCCAAGAAUCAAAGGAUGAGGCAUCACUGGCCAAGGUGAAAAAGCAGCUUCGUGAUCUAGAGGCAAAGGUGAAAGACCAAGAAGAAGAGCUUGAUGAGCAGGCUGGUACCAUCCAGAUGUUGGAGCAGGGUAAGCUACGUCUUGAGAUGGAGAUGGAGCGCUUGCGUCAAACCCAUUCCAAGGAGAUUGAGAGCAAAGAUGAGGAAGUGGAGGAGAUCAGACAAUCAUGUAGCAAAAAGCUAAAACAAAUGGAAGUCCAGCUUGAAGAGGAGUAUGAUGAGAAGCAGAAGGUGCUGAAAGAGAAGAGAGAGCUGGAGUCGAACUUUCUGUCUGUACAGGACCAGGUGAGAGGUGGUGACAUAGAGGUUGAAAAGCGCUUGAGGAAGGACUUGAAGAGAACCAAGGCUUUGCUAGCAGAUGCCCAGAUCAUGUUGGACCACAUAAAGAAUAACGCACCCAGCAAGAGGGAGAUCGCCCAACUCAAGAAUCAGCUAGAGGAGUCGGAGUUCACCUGUGCAGCUGCAGUUAAAGCUAGAAAGUCCAUGGAGGUGGAGAUUGAAGACCUGCAUGUUCAGAUGGAGGACAUCUCCAAAACGAAACAGGCGCUGGAGGAGCAGCUGAGUCGUCUGCAGAGGGAGAAGAAUGACCUGCAGUCAAGAAUGGAGGAGGACCAAGAGGACUUCAAUGAGCUGAUGAAAAAACACAAGGCUGCUGUGGCCCAGUCAGCUCAGAACCUGGCUCAGAUCAGUGACCUUCAAGCCCAGCUUGAGGACGCCCUAAAGGAGAAGCAGGAGAUUCAAGAGAAGAUGCAAGCCCUCCAGAGCCAGAUGGAGUUCCAGGAGCAGUCCAUGGUGGAAAAAUUCCUUGUCAGCCGGCAGGAAGCCAAGUGUCGUGAGCUAGAGACCAAGCUGGAGUUCGAGAAGACCCAAGUCAAACGUCUAGAGAGCCAUUUAGCUCGGCUUAAGGAGAACUUGGAGAAGCUGACGGAGGAACGAGAUCAGCGCAGCAGCAGUGAGAUUCGAGAGAAGGAACAGAACAAACGUCUCCAGAGACAGAUCCGUGACAUCAAAGAAGAAAUGGCUGAGCUGGCCAAAAAAGAAGCAGAGGCCAGCCGCAAGAAGCAUGAGCUGGAAAUGGACAUUGAGAGCUUGGAGGCUGCAAAUCAGAGCCUGCAGGCAGACCUUAAGUUGGCUUUCAAAAGGAUUGGUGACCUCCAGGCAGCCAUUGAGGAUGAGAUGGAGAGUGAUGACAACGAAGACCUUAUUAACAGUUUGCAAGACAUGGUGACAAAGUAUCAGAAACGAAAGAACAAAAUUCAAGGGGAUUCAAACACAGAUUCUGAGGUGGAGGAUCAUGUGGAAGGGGUGAAGUCAUGGCUGUCCAAGAACAAAGGUUCCACCAAAAAUCUCUCUGAUGACGGCAGUCUCAAAAGCUUCAGCCCGCCUAGCCAAAGACGCUACCUUUUCGAUAGAUCUGAUGAAGAGGAAGAGGAAGAAGAAAAAGAAGAAGGCGGGGCGUCCUUACACUAUCCUAGAUACAGAUAUAACACCAAUGUGAAAGGUCGAGAUGGCGAGGACAAGCCUUACGAGACUGCAUCAUAGCCUUAUGAGACUGUGACAGCUGUGACAUUUUGUCUUGCAUGCAGAGAUCAGCACAUUUGUGUUCAUACGGACACAACCACACACCCAAACACUCCUACCCCUGCAGGAGAACACAAACACUUAAAAUCAAUGCUUCCUGUGGCAGACACUCACAGGACAUAAUCGAACAGAUACUAUGGUCUGUUUUUGACCGUGCACUUAUCAGUCUGACCUCACUGCACAAACAGCAGCUCCAUUAUUUACGGCUCGACUGUGCUCAUUGCAUGCAAGCAGCCGUUGCUUGGCUUGAACAGCCAUCUGGUAUAAAACUCAUCAUGGCUGCAACUGAGCCAAAGAACUUGAGCUUGCAAUAAUAAUGGAUCCUUUUUCUCUUUGUCUCUCUUCUGGAUUUACAUGUAAUAUACCACAGUAAUAUAUAUUGCCAUACUACAGUGUAUUGCCAAAAAAGCCUUUGUUCCAAGUAUGUGAGCACACUGCUUUUCUUAUUACCAGUCUUUUUCCUUCCUUCCUUCCUUCCUUCCUUCCUUCCCGUUUGGGAGAAGUGCCAUUUGAUUUAAGUGGGCUCCUCUACAGCUGGCUUCUCUGCAGCUGGGGUGCUUCAUGAACUGCUGCAUGGUACACUUAAGACGCUUUCAUUAUCAUCUGCUCGCUUUUUGUUUGCCUGAAUUCUCUUUUCUCUGCCUUUUACUGGCAAAUUAGUUCUUCCUUCCAGGAGAGCUAUAUCACUUAACUGCUCCACUAUGAAACCCAAACAUUUUUCUCACUUUUAAUCUUUUGUUUCUAAUGUACGACAGAUGUGUUUUUCAGAGGAUUACUGUCAAGCACAUUCAUUUACUUUAAUCUUACUUCUGUAAUAUGGUUUGAGCUAUUUUCAUUUGAUUUGACAAAGCGUUUCCCAGGCUCUGUUAGUGAGGAAGACUCUAUGGCUUUGUCCUGUGUGUCAUGCUUACAUGCGCUCUUGUUUCCUUUAGUUUUGAGGUUGAUGUCCUUUCCUUUUUUAAAGGGAAUAGACUUUGGACAACAGUCAUUUGUUGGGUUCUUAUAAAAACUACUAAAAACUGAUCCUCAGCCAGCAUAUGAAAAAAGAAAAAAUUUAGUGUUAUGCUUUUUCUUAUCACCAAAUUACAUGGAAAGAUCAAAACUGACAAUGGUUUUGGAACAAAAUAUAAAGUGCAAAGGUUUGCACGCGCAGUAGUGACCUGAGGGUGGUAUUGAGGUUCCUCCCAACAGGUCCUUGAUACUAAGCUAAGAGUGAAACUAGUUAAUAUGUAGCUGCAGUUAUAAUCCACAAUAGUCUAAGGCAGUUAAGAUUUCAAUGGCUUGUUCAAUUAAAUAAUAUAAAACUGUAUUUAUACAGCGCCAAUUCACAACAAUAGUCGCCUCAAGGCGCAUCAUAUUGUAAGGUAAAGAUCUUCUAAUAAUACAGAGAAACCCAACAAUCAUAUGACCCCUUAUGAGCGAACACUUAGGUGACAGUGGGAAGGAAAAGAUCACUUUUAACAGGAAGCAACCUCUGGCAGAACCAGGCUCAGGGAGGGGCGGGGCCAUCUGACUGGUUGUGGGUGAGCCCACAUUUUGUCUGGUCAGCAGGGAGGACCUUUAUGUUACCCACAGUCACAGCUGCUACUUCAUUUUUGUACAGUGAGGAAAGCAGUGAGACAUUAUACCAGUCAUUAUAGACAGUCUGUUUGAUGCCAUCAAAGCUCUUAAACUUCCUACUGAAAACAGAAAUCGCAAAAACAAAAAAAAAGCUUUAAAAUAUAUAGUUUUCCUUUUAGAGCUAAUUUUGUUUUUAGCCACCUCCUGAAAGGUCAACUGUGUGACAUUUGCUUCUAUCCAAAGGCUAGUUGAUAUCUUUAAUUUUUUCUGAUGUAGGUGUGGUUCUCCUGUGUAACAUGAAGCUGAUCAUAAACACGCAAGAAGCUUUGUUUCACAAACUGCAGUAAAACUCUGGGAUAUGCAUUCUGAAUGCACAGUACUAAUACUUCUAAAAUGGACUAUUUGCUUAGUAGACAUCUCUUCAUUGAUUGAGAGAGAUCCAUUUCAAUAAGGCUAGUGCUAAGUUAAAAUAUCUAAAUGGAUUUUACUUCUAUCAAAUUAGGAAUAUUGUAUCAUUCAGACAAAUAGCGAAUUACCCGCGUAAACAUAAACAUACUUGGCGAUUUCACACAUGGACCAGAUGUUUCAGUUUCCACAGAAGUAAAUGAAUCUUAAUUAGGAAGUCUUUCAGUGAGUUUUAAUAAUGAGAGUGUAAAACAUCACCAAGGUUCAUUUAACUGUAAUGUCUUUAACUGGAUACAUUAUAGCCUGUAUAACCAAUACUGUGAAAUCAUGUUCAGUGUCAUUCAAGCCUGUUCUGUUUUCAGUUUGUUGUUGCCUGAACAGCAAAAGAAAAAAAGAGAACAACCUGCAUUUUAUUUUUCUGACUGAAGUGUUACAUCACACACUUUGGUCAUUUGUCUGGUAUUUACCGAGUGGCAUUAGAAAUGUUUGGAACCAGUUUAAACUCCAGAAAAGUUUUACUUUACAGGGGCUGAAAGAAUCAGUCGGUGUUCUUUGUGGGGGGAUUUAGGUGUGAUUCUACUACACAUACUGUGCUUUUUAAGAAAUGUUUUAUUUUUCUUCUCUAUGCAGUCUGCACGAGUGUGGAAAUGUGUUUUUUGACCUGAUUGACCUGAUAACAUGUUUUGUUUGAAGACACACACACACAAUAAAAGAAAGUAAAAAAGGUUGACCCAGUACUGACUGCAUACACACAAACACAGUAUUUAUAUAUGAAUAUGUUUAUGAUUCAUGCUAGCUUUGAAAAUAUUUUCAUUACUAUACAAAUUGACCACUUGUUACAAAUUUUGCAUUACUUUUUAAUAUAUUGUAAAUAAAUGAUGGUGAUUGUUUUGGAAUGGCUUCUAGAAUGGCUGACUUGAAGUGUUUUGCUGCUGUGGGAGUAUCUGAUGCACCUACUUUUGUAUCUUCAUGUGCUGUGAGAUAGCAGUAUGGAUGUUAUGGGUGGCUGCUUUUAAUAUUUAUUUCACUGUGUGUAAUUUAAGGGAAAAUCAGCCCGUUUCUUCUGCUGCUUCUUUUGGCUGCUCCCUUUAUGGUUCGCUACAGUGGAACAUCUGCCUCCAUCUUACUGUAUCCCUAGCAUCCUCCUGGCCAGUCCCAAUGAAAAUCUUAACAUCUCAACUUCUAGUUUGACCUAUAUUUUGGUAGUUCCGCUAUCUCCAUUUGUCUAUACAUCAUAGCAAGUCUCACCUACCAUCAUGUAAACCUUCCUUGUCACUCUUACUGCUAUCCUUCUGUUACAAAUCAACACAGAAACUUGUCAUACUCACUUCACCGUGCCUGCACUCUCUUCUUGACCUCUCUUUUGGACUCUGUUGCUUUGGAUGAUUGACCCCAGGUAUUUUAACUCAUCUAUUUUAUACCAUCUCUCUCUCAUUCACACAUGUAUUAUGCCUUGCCUCUAUGGAUUUUGGCCAGUCAGAGACUGACUGGCCAUUCAGAUGGGUGACAAAUAAAAGAAAAAAUCUGAAACUUUAA